ACACCACUUGACAUAUAGAUAGAUAGAUAUAUAGAUAUCAGUAAACUGUGUGAGUGGCUCUUGUGUUGAGACGUCGUGCUGUCCCACAGACUCACACGCAUGGCAUUCACUAGAACGGGCAUCAUCACUGCUGCCCUCCUUGCAGUCACUGUCUUGUAUCAAGUUGUGGAUGGAGAUGAUCACGAUUGUGAUGGUACACCCGCAGGAUUGAAACCGUUGCCAUCCUGUCCGUGCUGCUGCAGCUCGUCCUGCUGCCAAUGUCCAAGAGCAACCGUGUCUGGACAAUUUGUUGAUCGCCCAUUCAUUCGUGGGAAUAGACGCAUAGCAUGGUGGGCAGUAUUUAUGAUUGUCAUCUGCAUUCUCUCUAUUGUCGUUGCGGCAAUCGGAGUGGGAGUCUGGCGUCGACGAGUGUAUUUACAGCGCACUGUACCCAUACUGAACUGCUCUACACCAACUCUCAUGGAAGCUGAAUACCCACCAUACUCUCUCUAUCGUCCAUACACACCAAUACAGCAGGAAGAAACAAUUGCCAAGACUCCAUAUGCACAGUACUAGAUCUCUUGUGUACGUAAUGAGUGUCACGUGACUACUGAUCUUGAUAUCUGAUGUACAGCAAGUGUAGGCUGAGGUUCUAUUUCUUGAUUGUAAUGAAGAAUUAAAUAGCUGUUUGUAGCUAGACCAGCACCACAUCUGGUCCAAUUCGUUGCAGUAGAUUAUGAUGGCAAUUUCUACAUAUAUAUUCUAUGACAAGACCAGGUGACGUUUUCCAUCCCGACUUUUCCCUAGGCAAGGCUGCUUAUUUUGACAUUUCCGUGAGGAAUUCGUUCACUUCCUCUCACCUUAUUAA